AUGGCUCAAGACGAACAUACUUCUAGGUGUAGUAACAGCAGUAGCGGCGGCGGUGGAGGUGGAGGUGGCGGUGGUGGUGGUGGUAGUAGUCAUAGAUCUUCCAAGAAGUUGAAACAUAAGAAAGUGCCACAGAGAGGAAUGGGUGUGGCUCAACUUGAGAAGAUUAUAUCGGAGGAACAACAGAAGAAAGACGUCGUUUUAACCCCAAAUUCAAUCAUUUCUCCGAGCAAUUCUUGUUCCAAUUUGGCCACCAUCCAAAAAGUUCCCAAUUUCCGGCCGCCACCAAUUUCUUCAUCUUCGAUCCCACUUCCCCCACCAUUGCCACCUAAUCACCACCCUUUGAUUUCCAAAACCGAUGGCAUAAACACCAUCUCCGCCUCCUCCUUUUCCAAACCUACAAACACGAUCAGUGGUGGCAGCAGUAGUAAUUGGUGUAGAUUAUGGAGUGAUGGUGAUUACAAUUUCGAAGCGGAGAAACAAAAUCAAAAUCAAAAUCAAAAUCAUGGUAUGGACCACCCUAGAUACACUGCAGCCUUUCCAGCAAAUCUUGGUGGUUUGCCUUACGAAUCCAACCCUCUCAUUUGGCCACCUCCUCCUAAUCUAAUGCUUCAAAAAUCAUCACACUUUCAACAACCUUGUUCUUCAUCAAUGGUGAAUGUUUCAACAGGAACUUCAUCAUCGUCAUCAUCAUCUGUAUUAAAUUUUCAGAUGGAGCCCCCUUCAAACCAAAGCUAUAAUAAUGGCAACAACAACUACCAUCCAUUGUGGCCAGAGGAAGACAAGAUGGUUGGCAUGAAAAGGCCAUACCCGUUUUCAUUGGAAAACGUGCCAAUUCCAUCUUUUCAUUGCAAAUUUCCUUCGGCUUUUGUGUCUCCCAUUUCAAGAUCAGAUGAAUCAGCUUCUUGUAGCAAUGGAGGCACUAUCACCAUGGAACCUGCACAUCCAGUUUUCAGAGAAAAUCCUUCAAGCUCAGGUCUCAUAUCCGAUACAAUAACAAAGAAAUUCAUCGAUGAACACCAAGGUUUGACUUUGACCAGAGAUUUUCUCAAGUUAGCCCCUCCUCAAGCAUCUUGUAUAGGAGAACAGCCUCAAUUCGAAACUCAUAAAGGUCACUCAAAAGAUCCGACCCAUUUGCCUGGAAGAACCGGGUCAAACCCGCAACCUUUUCUUACUUUCUUUCCAGCUGCAAAAACAUCAAUCGGUCAGCCAGGAAACAGCAACGGGGAGGCAGGUGAAACUGUUGAUCUAAAUUUGAAGCUAUAAAUGUCUUUAUUUAUGUUGUCAAGACCUUGAAAAGAGAAAUAAAAUCACAAUUAAACCUCCUUUCUGAUGUGUUAAUGGCUGUUUUUUUACUUAAUCAGACAGAAUGAUUUAAUCAUCAAGUCAAAAAAAAACCAUAUAUGUAUUUAGAUGCUAAUUUUUUUUGCUCUUAAUGAAUAUUGUUAAAGAUUUUUGCUUGAAUAUAACGUUUAUUUUUUACUGUU